AAUAAUUUUAAUAAAUGAAUUGAAGGAACAAAUUAAUAUUACAAUUGAUAAAAUGUGAUUAACAACAAAGGUGAAACUGAAAGAAAGAUCUAGUGAAAAGAAAAACAUGUAUUAUUGUGAUUUUAAAAUCACACUGCUUGUGGUGUAAUUGUAUUCUGUGUCCAAAGCAAUAUAAUUCAGUGGUCUGUCUCGAUCUAGUAUUGCGGUAUUAUGGCUACGUUGAAAAUUGAUCGAUACAACGAUCAAUUGGGGAUAAAUGCAGACGUCGGAAGACCAUAUUGGUUAGUCUAUGUAACAUUAACACUUUCACAACAUUUUUUAAUAUAAAAUCGGUGAAAAAGACAAACAAAAUAAUAUUAUGAACAAACUAUAUUAAAGGAUAAUUUAGUUUAGAUUUUAUAAUAUUUUUGGGAUUUUAUCUAGUUAGCCCAGACAGCCUGGAUCAGAAGAUAAAAUAUUAAUCUAAAUAGCGCGUCAUAAUAAUUAAGACUUGAUCAGAUAAAAACUUUUUACAGUUUCGAAAUUCUUUUAUCAGUUAUGAUUAUACGAAAAGAAGUCUACGUCAAACUUAAAAAUGGAAUUUUAAUGUCAUAAAACGAUUCAAAGAACUUAUAUAGUGAAAAUAUAAAUAAAAGAAAAAUAUUUAGAAAAUUAAUAUUUUCUUCUUUCGCAAAGUACUCGUGAAAAGACACAUUAAUUAAUCAUAAUGGGUUGCAUGCUAAGAAGUGAUGUUAUGAGCUUAUGUGACAUGUACAUUCAACCAGAAGCUGCCUUCGAUGUUUUGUCACACCUCGGAGAGAUGGGAUGUGUGCAGUUCAUAGAUAUGAAUCCCGAUCUACAAGCAUUUCAAAGGAGCUUCAUCUUAGAGGUUUGCCGUUUUGCUGAAAUGGAACGAAAGCUUCGAUUUAUGGAAUCUGAAAUGAAACAAAACGAUGUUCCUAUACACGAACAAAAAACUGACCCAAAGGCUGUGCCGCUUCAGGAGAUGGCACAGUUCGAGAAUAUACUUGAGAAAUGGGAAAACGAUAUUCAAGAAAUGAACUUGAAUGAAAUGCAUUUAAUGAAGAAUUACUUGGAGCUCUCAGAACUGUAUUAUGUGCUUAGCAAUAUCGGUCCUCUACUGGGAGAUGCUGAAAUAAGAAGGGAGACACUUUUUUCAAAAAAGGCUGCCGCUGCCAGUGCAGCCGCAGCCGGAGAUAUUGGGACCGGUGGCCGCCUUAUAGUCACCACUGGAGUGGUCGACCGAGCGAAGUGCUACGCCUUCGAAAUGAUGCUCUUCAGGAUCUCACAUGGCAUCAUAUACUACAGACAGGCACCUGACGAUGCAAUACUUAUGGACCCUAACACUCGUAAAGAAUUAAGGAAAGUGGCUUUCGUAGCUGUAUGUCAAGGAGAAGAGCUGGCCGCUCGCAUGACUAAGGUGUGCACGGGGUUCCGAGUGAACACGUAUCCGUGCCCCAACACGUUCCUGGAAAGACAAGACCUCAUGACUAAACUGGAGGCUAGAAUCAAUGAUAUGGAUCAGGUCCUGUCAAAAACUUCCUACCUGCGUUGUAAAGCUUUACGUGCUGUUAGCAGACAAUGGAGAGUUUGGGUGGCUCAAGUCAGAAAGGCAAAGGCCAUUUACCAUACAAUGAAUUUAUUUAAUGUGGACAUAACCAGGAAGUGUCUCAUAGGCCAGUGUUGGGUUCCGGAUCUGGAUUUGGAACAAGUCAACAAGACUCUUAGUAAAUGUUCUGAGGCUCUCCAAAGCAACGUCCCGUCUUUCAUGUCUAAAGUCGACACGAACGACAUGCAUCCAACGUACCACCGCGUCAACAAAUUCACGAGAGGUUUCCAAGCUCUGAUCAACGCGUACGGAGACUCCACGUAUCGGGAACUAAACCCAGGUCUUUACACUCUUGUCACAUUUCCGUUUUUGUUCGCAAUGAUGUUUGGAGACGCCGGCCACGGGUUGAUUCUAGUCGCAUGCGGUGUAUGGAUGGUAAAAAAAGAACAAGAGUUUAUCGCAAUGAGGUCUACAAAUGAGAUUUGGUGUAUAUUUUUUGGCGGUAGAUAUGUGAUUCUGCUGUUGGGACUAUUUAGCAUGUGCACAGGAUUCUUUUACAACGAUUGGUUUGCAAAACCAAUUGUGCUACAGAAAUCUUAUUGGAUAAACACUUUUAGUGUUGAGGAGUUGAGCAAAAGUGAGAACGUAGAUCUGGACCCCGCUGGGGAAACCCGGUCACCUUAUCCUUGGGGCAAAGACCCGGUUUGGGCGUUGGCGAAAAAUAAGAUUAUGUACGAGAAUUCCACCAAAAUGAAGUUGUCCAUUAUUGUGGGAGUCAUUCACAUGAUAUUUGGUAUUAUAUUGAGCUUCUUCAAUCAUCGGUUCUUCAAGAAUUAUUCUUCUAUAUUUCUACAAUUUAUUCCCGAACUAUUGUUUUUGACGCUUCUCUUCUUUUGGCUAGUGGUGAUGAUUUAUUUGAAGUGGUUCUGGUACUCUGCUAAAUCACCUGAUCCAGAAUUAGGUACAAGUUGCGCACCACAAAUUUUGAUCUUAUUUAUUGACAUGGCGCUUUUGUCAGAAACCAAACCAGCAUCUGAAGGAUGUAAAUUCGGGUAUAUGUUUGCCGAACAAAGAUUCGUUCAGAAUAUUCUACUACUGGUAUCUGUGAUGUGCGUUCCUCUUUUAUUGUUUGGGACGCCUAUCUAUAAGAAUCGUUUAUAUAAAACUAAAAAGAAGGAAACUGAGGACCAACUUGAAUACCUUCGUUCUAAUCACCCUAAUGACAAGAAAGAGGAGGAACACCUAGAAGAAGAACUGGCAAAAUAUAGUGCUCCAUUCUCUGAGCUGAUGAUACACCAAGCUGUCCACACUAUAGAGUUCGUCUUGAGUACUAUAUCUCAUACAGCAUCAUAUCUACGAUUGUGGGCUUUAUCACUGGCCCAUGCACAGCUCUCGGAAAUGUUGUGGGUGAUGAUUUUGUCAAAAUUAGCUCUUCACGAUCACACCGUAUAUGGUGCUGUGAAACUGUUCUUCAUCUUCGCGGUUUGGGCUGCAUUCACUGUGUCCAUCCUCGUAGUAAUGGAGGGCUUAUCAGCGUUCCUGCAUACUUUACGAUUGCAUUGGGUGGAAUUUAUGAGUAAAUUCUACGCGGGUGGUGGAUGGCCUUUUCGUCCAUUUUCUUUCAAGAUUAUACUGGCGUCUGAGGGCGAUAAAACCGAAGCUGGCUGCAAAACCAGAGGGAAAAGCUUACUAUGAUAUUAUUAUUAUUUUACUUAAGUUUUUUUUAUUAUUUUAGAAUUAAUUUUUAUUCUUAAAGAAAUGUUUAUUGGGAAAUAAAAUGGCAUAACCUUAAAAAGUCUGCAAGUAUUUGUAGGGUCAUAACGGGUUGUAAAAUAUAAUUUUGGUCAGGCUUACUGUUAAGGCUUGCCGUCAACACCGCAAGUUUUCACUACCGUUUAAUCUCCCAACAACAUUUCACUAUGCUAUUAAUUAUUUAUACUAAUAUUCACAAAUACCUCUUUCGAUAUCCGCAUAAAGGUUAGUAAAUUGUUGUGUAUUUCCAAUUAUGUAAUUUUUGUUU